UUGUUUCAGCUCAAAAGCAACCUCAUCUCUCUCUCUCUCUCUCUCUCAUGCGAAGAGGUCGAGAAUGCAAGGGUUAGGGUUUCCAGACCAGAAGCUCCAGAGACCGUCCAUCAGAGCUCGAGACGACAGUCCCGACUCUGUAAUAAUCUCAUCUACCCGCGAGUCAUCCAACUUCAGUAGUCUCUUCUCGUCCGCUUCUGGGAGUGUCGUCGAUCGUUGUUCCUUCGGAUCCGACAUCCACGAUCCCGAUUCUCUCCUCUGCGAACUCUCCAAGCAUCUGUCAGGGCGCGAUCUCCACCGUGAAUCUUCGUGUGGUCCAGAUCUGUCCUCCGUACCUAAGAACAGCAAGCCUAUCAAAGAUAGAGACAAAGCAACAGAAGUAGAAGGAGAAGACGACGAAAAGGAAGCAGAAAAUCCGUCAAAGAACUCUUUCUCUCAAGCUCUGAAAGAAUGUCAAAAUCGGCGGUUCAGAUCUGAAGCUCUUCCCAAGAAACACGAGCGGCGAAGGCCCGCUUCUCUUGAUCUGAACGGCAGAGGAGCCGAUGCCGUCAGUUCUUCCCCUCGAUUUGCAGCAGCAGCAGCCAUGAAGAAAGCUCCUGCUCCUUCUUCUCGACGAACGGGGACAUUUCCCAGCCCUGGGACUCCAAAUUACCGCGGCACGGGCAGCGGGCCUGGGUUUCAGAAAGGUUGGAGCUCAGAACGGGUGCCACUGCCGACGAAUUGCAGCCGUCGGUAUGCCAAUGCCAUUCCAUUGCCUUUCAACAAUGGAAGGAGCUUGCCGUCCAAAUGGGAAGAUGCGGAGAAGUGGAUCUUCAGUCCAGGGGAUGGCGCAAGCCGGCAUGCUGUGAUGCCGCCGCCACAUAGGCGGCCAAAGUCAAAGAGUGGGCCGUUGGGUACGCCGGGGAUGGCGUGCUAUGCAUCACCAUCAAUGAUGGUGCCCAUGUUCGAUGGCGGUAGGGUUGGGAACUUCGUGGGGAGUUCUCCAUUCUCAGCAGGAGUUUUGGGUGCAGAUGCAUUGUCAGGUCGGGGAUGUUGUGGGAGUGGGGGUGCAGGAUCUUAUACUGCACACAUGGAGCCUUGCAUAGCACGAUCUGUUAGCAUACAUGGGUGGUCAGAGUUAUUGAUCGAGUCUUCACUGCCUAGCUCCCAAGAUGAGAAAGUUGACGGCACCAAGGAUGCUGGAACCAUGAUUUCACCUGUUGUUUCAAGAAGAGAUAUGGCAACCCAGAUGAGUCCUGAGAGUAGCAGCCGCUCCUCUCCCCAAGAGAGGCCUUCCUUUUCUCAUUCUCCUGCAUUGGUCCUUCCCAUUGAGGAGCUGCAGAACCACCAUUCCCCUAAACAAGAGAUCAGGGAUGUGCAGGUAGAUGAUCGCGUCACUGUGACCAGGUGGUCCAAGAAAGAUGGAAUCCGGGGGAUCAGUAAGGGCUCGGUAAACAUUGGAGAGUGGAAGAAGAAAGCUGUGGAAGCUCGAGCUUCAGCUUGGGAAGUUGCAGAAACAGAGAAACGUAUAUCAAAGUUUAAAAGAGAGGAGGCCAAGAUCACAGCAUGGGAGAACUUGCAAAAGGCAAAAGCUGAGGCAGAGAUACGGAAAUUAGAGAUGAAAUUGGAGAAAAUACGAACUUCAUCAAUGGAUAAGAUCAUGAACAAACUGAGAGCCGCUCAGAGUAAGGCCCAAGGAAUGCGGAGCUCUGUAUCUGCUAGCCAAGCCCAUCAGGUUGCCAGGACCACCGAGAAGGCUUCAUCCUUCCGCAAGGCCGGACAGAUGAGUUCAUUGAGUGGAUGCUUCACCUGCCAUGCCUUCUAAACCAUGCCAACACAAUCCAUCUUGCUCAGCUUCAAACAGCCCAGGCCGUAACUCUGCCAGAGUAUUUUCUCAAGCGUCAUCAGUCAUAUCUUUUGGAUUUGGGCUCGGCCUAUGGUGCGGCAAGCUCCAAAAGUCUAAUCAUCUCAUUGCACUAUUCCUUGGGGACAUGUCCGGGACUUCUUAAUAAUGUAUAGCUCUCCCAAGGAUUGUAUCUUGACAUGGAGUUUGCAAAUAAUUGACCCUCAACACGAUAUUUGGGCGUGGCUGAGUCCUCUCUAUCCAGCCAUUGCGCCCAUCAGAAGGGGAUGUAGAAGAAUAACAUGAUCGGUGAUCUACUCGUUUCCAUUGGUAUAGUUUUCUUGUAUGAUUGUUUUAGGUGUUCUUUUUAAUUUUCUGAAUGUUUUAAGUUGUUAAUGUUGGGUGUAGUACUAUGAAUAUUGUACUGCUUGAAUUUACAGCAUUUC